CGGAUGCGUCCUGGCAACGGCCGGCGGAGGAGCUGCGAUUUGUACUCUUGGGAUUUGUUUUUCUGAGAGAGGAGAGUCAAACUCCCAUCUCCAGUUCUCGAAGGAGCUUUUCUCCGGAGUACGGCAAAGAGACUUCUUUCUCUUCAGUUUAUCCAUAACAGCAGCCUACAUCAGAACCAUGGCUCCAAAAGCUCAAAGAGGAAAGAGCCCAGGUGGUGGGAAACGUGGCAAAAAAAAACAUAAACCAUUACCUGAUACUGAAGAAGAGGAACCAUUAAAUAUGGAGAGCAUGGGUCAUCCUGAAAUUUAUCCUCUAGUGUUAACUACCAAGACCCAGGAAAUAUUCAACUGCCGAAUAGAUGAAGAUAUCACAGAUGAAGUACCUUAUAAGCUUAUCAAAAAAGAAGAUAUUUUUGAAGACUUGCAAAACAGAGGCGCAGUAUCUGAUUUCCACCCAGUCAAAAAAAUUGUCCAAGAAUAUCCUGGAGAUGAGCUUCUGCUUGUUUAUGACAAAGACUUCCAAUAUGGACUCAACUUUUAUCUUAUUGGCACUGAAGAGGGCAAGGAAAACUAUUUAAAUCCCCCAGAAGUACUACCAGAAGAACAGGAAGAAACUAAAGAACUUAUUCCUGAAGACAUAUAUGUUUACCAACCACCUGUCUCUAAACCAUGGGUUUCUUUGGGCAGUGAAAAAGAAAUUGAGGAAGAAUCAGUGAAGGAAUCUACAAAGCAGAUUAUAUAUAUGAUUUCUCGAAAACGAAAUCAAUUUGGUGCACCAGUUACAUUCAGUGACCAGAAUGCUUCCAGUACAAAAGAUGCCUACAUUGACUGUACAGCCUACCCAGAUAAAAACUUCACCCUUAAAAAACUCGAGAAAGAUAUUGGCAUGCAAGUAAUCCCCUUUGUCAAGGACAUAAGCACUCAGACAAAAUGGACAUACCCCAAAAAUGCUACUACACAAUAUUAUGCUAGAGAAUUCUCAGAAGAGGAAAGAGAGAAACUUGGACAAUCAAAGACUUUGAUUGAUUUUCUUAAGAAGGUAUCCACAAGUGUUGAAAUAGCCCUGCAGCAAAAUGAAAUCAUGAACACAUUCAUUGAAGACUGGAAGCGCCUGGCAGAAGAAGAAGGUGCCUUUGGAGAUAAAACUGACACCCACCUGAAAGAGUACCAGUCCUUUACUGACCUUCAUAGUGGCACGGAUAAAAUGAUUAGCUACAUCUCAUGGCACCCAACUAUCUAUGGGCUAAUCGCUGUGUCAAUGACCGAGCGUCUCUCCUUUGAAGAGAGAGUCCAGCUUUCUGGUAAAUUAUUGCUGCAACCAUCCUUGAUUUUAUUCUGGAGUUUCUCUGAUCCCAUACAUCCUCAGGUAAUUUACAAGUUACCCACAAUCGUCUUGUGGGACAUCACCACAUUUGCAGAUCACAUAGAAAACAUUAAGGCGAGUGGCAAAAGUAAAAAGGUCACACUCAAGCCUAUGUUUCUCCUUGAACCGGAAAGUCCUAAAGAGUCCAACUUCAUCAGACACUGUGCUGUCUCUUCAAUAGAGAGUGGACAUAGGAAAAUAAUUACAGAUAUACACUGGCUGCCUGACACGUUCGAGAUUAACAGAAUGGGCUCUGUCUUUGAGAAUCGAAAUGGAAUAUGCUGUCAGCUUGCCACAUGUUCAGCAGAUUGCACCAUAUGUUUCUGGGAUAUUAGACCACAGAAACCUUUAACCCCUCAGCCAACAGAGAAAAAGAAAGAAGAAAGUAUUGAAAUUCCUUUUGAUGUACCACCUACUUUUUUGCAUCUGGAUCUCUCCUGGAAACCUCUCGCUAAGAUAAAGCUGUCUAAGGAGGAAACAAGUUUAGACCUCUGCCCAACCAAGAUAAGCCUGACUGAAGACCAUCUUCUUUACAAAACACAAGACAAAAUAUUAGCCCAGACCAAAGCACUGAAGGCAGGAGAAACUAGCCCGUACUACAAUCUGGAAGGUGGGAUGUCUGAGCAAUUGAAGCCACUAGAAGACUUCUGCACAAAGUUCUUCGUGGGGACAGAGGAAGGUGAAGUGAUAUAUACAGAUUGGAAAUUAGAAAGAGAUCCUGACACUGGACGAUUUAUGACAAAGAAACCAGUGAACAUCUACACUGUCCAUGAUGGAGCUGUCCACACUGUCCAGAGGUCACCUUUUUACAAUGACAUUGUCCUCACCAUUGGUGGGUGGAACGUGGCUAUUUGGAAAGAAGGUGUUAUGUAUGGACCUCUCCUUCAGUCAUGCUGUGCACCAAAAAGGUACACGUCGGGACACUGGUCCCUGACAAGGCCUGGAGUUUUCUAUAUUGGCCGAGAAGAUGGAUACAUCGAUGUCUGGGACCUUCUGGAGAAAACCCAUGAGCCAGCUCUGUCACAAAAUAUUUGCAUAACUAUGAUCACCAACAUCAAGCCCUGGACUUUUUCCUCUAAGCAACAAUUUAUAGCCAUAGCUGACUAUUAUGGAACACUGCAUAUAUUAGAAAUUCCAUGGACAUUAAGUCACCCUUCCCUCAAUGAGAUAGCAAGUGUUAACCACUACUUCGAAAGAGAAGUCAAGCAUCUGGAAUAUGUAGAACAGCGCAAAAAUAUUCGUGAGCAAGAAAAGAGAGAAAUGGAACUAGAAAUGGAGAAGAAAAAAUUUUUUCCAGAACCUUUCCAACUACUUCUUGUAACAUCAUUUCCAUUUGACACAUUAUCUUCUUGUAAGUAGAGCUGCCACUUCUCAAAUUUUCUCUGGAACUAGAUCAUGGAUAAGUGAAUGGAUUUCAAAGGGCUCUUCUGUUACAUUUGGAUGAUGAAUAAAGUCACUAAGGAAAAACAAUGUUAGUCAGAAAUAUCCCCUUAGAAAGGGGGGGAAUGAGAACAAUAGCAAUAUGAACCUCAGAGGAUUGCAGUGGGGAUUUAAGUGAAUUAAAAUAUUUCCAUAUUUCCAGCACUGAGACAGUGAUCGGUACCUAGAAAGUGCUAGUCAGAGGUCAGGGGAGGAUCCUACUUUCCUGGCUGGACUUCAUGAAUGCCCUCUGGAUGCCAGGGAUGAGGCUCCAACCCACAGACCCCAGGGAAAUGAUACAGCAUCUCUUUGCCACCAUCGAGUCUGGACACAGCUCACUUCUCAAAGGAUAAUAAUAAUCACAGCUCUAACAGCAUAUGAAAUGGGAAUCUUUCUAAUUGAAAUUUCAGCUGGAGAACCAGAGCUGGGUAAAGGAGUAGUAGCCAUGUGAUCCACAAGCUAUGCCUUUUCUAUGGGAUUGAGGGGAGGGAGAACUUCAAAAGGAUUCUGCAGCCUGUGGUCAAGUUACUCUCCCUCCAGGCCGUGAGAGCCAGGAAAGAGUUACGGGAAAGAGGGCUUUCUUUUACUUUUGGAGAGAAGCACUGGAGAGAGCCAGGCCUUCACUUCUCCCCAUUUCCCCACCCCUGCACAUGGACUGCCCUCUAGCC